UCCGGCCUUAAAGGCAUUUCGCCCUUCCCUUUAAGACGCGCCGCCCCCUCUCAGUUAUUCCCAAGAUGGCGGACCUACUGGGCUCCAUCCUGAGCUCCAUGGAGAAGCCACCCAGUCUCGGUGACCAGGAGAGUCGGCGCAAGGCCCGAGAGCAGGCUGCCCGCCUGAAGAAACUACAAGAACAAGACAAACAGCAAAAAGUGGAGUUCCGUAAAAGGAUGGAGAAAGAGGUGUCUGAUUUCAUCCAGGACAGUGGACAGAUCAAGAAAAAGUUUCAGCCUAUGAACAAGAUAGAGAGGAGCAUACUACACGAUGUGGUAGAAGUGGCAGGCCUCACAUCCUUCUCCUUUGGAGAAGAUGAUGACUGUCGAUAUGUCAUGAUCUUCAAAAAGGAGUUUGCACCCUCGGAUGAAGAGCUGGACUCCUAUCGUCACGGAGAAGAGUGGGACCCCCAGAAGGCUGAGGAGAAACGGAAGCUAAAGGAGCUGGCUCAGAAACAGGAAGAGGAGGCAGCCAAGCAGGGACCUGCGGUGGUGAGCCCUGCUAGCGACUACAAGGACAAGUAUAGCCACCUUAUUGGCAAAGGAGCAGCCAAAGAUGCAGCCCACAUGCUACAGGCCAACAAGACCUAUGGCUGUGUGCCUGUGGCCAACAAGCGGGACACUCGCUCCAUAGAAGAGGCCAUGAAUGAGAUACGAGCCAAGAAACGUCUGCGGCAGAGUGGGGAAGAGUUGCCAACUACCUCCUAGGCAUCACACCCAACUCCCUUUGACCUCCAGCAAAGCAGGGGCAUGGAGGAACAAGGCUGCUGCUAUCAGGACCCAUCCUGGAGCCCCAUCUCGAAACUAUGAGGUCCUACCAGCUGUCAUUCAAGCUGGAGGAGAAGCAGGUGU